UCAGUGCGGAUGUCGUUCGUUCAGACGUUGGCUUCGGUUCAGUUUUGAAGUCACGUCUUCGCGAGAUUUCGAAGCCUGGCAAAUACUCUUGAUAAAAAGUUCAUCAAAGUGCAGUUCGUGUUCAAGAACUAGACCCAAGUUCAAGUGACACAAGUGUAUUCUGAAUUAAGAAAUUAAGGCAUAUUUGUGCAUAGUUCGUGUUAUUGUUGUUGCGUGCUGUCUUGGGUCUGCAAGCCCGCCCGUAACAUAUUUUUCAUUUAUUGGCAGCCCGUAACUCAUUUGAAUAUUUUUGCAACAACAGCCAACUAGAUUAGAGUGUGUGCGUGUGUGCCAUGAUUAACAACAGCCUGCCGCAGGAGGCGUGAUGUGAACUGACAUUUUUCGUAAUUUUUCGAUUUACAUGCCGUUGCACAUUUAGUAAUCAACAUACCAAGUAGCUUGUGGUCGUAAUAAACUCAACAAAUAGACUUGUGUCACCAUAGCAAAGAUGCUGGUGAAGUGGCUGCUGUUCAGCCUGUGCAUAAUGCCGGCCAUGUUCAGCAAUACGAGCAGGAAGUGCCCCGUAGAAUGCAGCUGUAGCAUUGACGAUUCGGAUCGUUAUCAGGCCAUCUGCACAAAAGGCGGGCUAAGCUCUUUAUCCGCCAAUCAGCUGGACAUUGAUGUCAAGGUAAUUAUUAUACGUGGACCACGAAACACCAUAACGAUUGGUCCAGCAUUGCGUCAGUUUAUGCAGCUGCAAGUGCUACGCAUCACCGAUUCGAAUCUGCCGGCGAUCGGGGCCGAGUCCUUUUGGGGCCUUAAAUAUCUGCGCAUAUUAGAUCUAUCGAAGAAUAACAUAACAAACAUUACGGAGAAUAACUUUCGCGGUCAGGAUAAUCUGCAUGAAUUGGAUUUAUCAAAAAAUAAAAUUUUACGAAUGGCCAGCUCAACGUUUCGUCAUCUGAUGGAUCUGCGACGUCUUAAUUUGGCUGACAACUCAAUUGUGGAGCUCGUGCAGCGCAACUUCUUCAUGCUGACUAGACUCAAGUACCUGGACUUGAGCGGAAAUCCGCUUCAGGAUUUACAGCCGGAUGUCUUUCGCGAUGUGCCCGAGCUGAAAGUACUCAAAUGCCGCAAUUGUCAACUGAAAAAAAUCAAUCCGCAAUUGUACAAUUUAUUGCCGCUUUUAAGCGAAUUGGAUUUGGGACGCAACGAGUUCAAAUUCCUUGACAAGGAUGAAUUUCGCGACGUGAAGCGUCUCACAAAAGUUUUACUCGACGGCAAUCAAUUGUCUGUGGCCGUGGACCAACUCUUUCGCAUGCAGAAAAGUCUUAAUCACUUGGAUUUAUCGUACAAUCGCUUGGCCAAAGUGCCAAACGAUUCGUUCUUGCAGCUGACCAAUCUAACAUUUCUGGAUCUCUCCUACAACAAGCUGGUGCGUCUGGAGCCGCAGUCCGUGCGCAGUCUGAGCAACUUGAGGGUGCUUAACAUAAGCGGAAAUGUUCUCAUGGACUUAAGGGAUAUGCAUGAGACAUUCGCGCUGAUACCGGAGCUAACGCAUUUGGCCAUUGCGGAUAUGGGUCAGCUGCCUGUGGGUUUGUUAUCGCCUUUCCGACAAUUGCGUUAUUUGAAUAUCUCGGGUAAUUCAUUGGAUAACAUGGCAUUGCAAGUUAUCGAUUCGUGCCGUGAGCUUGAGUUUUUGGACUUAUCGCGAAAUCAAUUAUACGGCAUCAAUGCGGACACGGCGCUGCGGAUUCAGGGUAUACGCAAUGUGCGACUGGAUAACAAUCCGUUGAUAUGCGAUGAAUGUCACAUGGGGAAAUUAAUAAAUGUCGUGCGGCAACUGCAAUGGAAAUGGGAUACAUAUCCCAUUUGCUUUCUGCCAAAAAGUUUACGUGGCGCUGAAAUAAUUAAUUUGGACAUUGGCGGGCUGCACACGUGUCUCGAUUACAUCAGCGACGAGGAACAGAAUGCGGCAAGCACUUCAUAUAACUUUCUUGAACAUGGUGGUCUUAAUACCCUUGCUAUUUUGGGUGGCAUCAUAUUUGUGCUAAUUGCCGUCAUAAUAUUAUCACUUGUGGCCUGUUUCUCCAAGAAUCGCGCACGCUACUAUACCAGAGAGGAUCACCUGAAUGGCAGCGAUAGCAAGUGUUUGGAAAAAAAUUUGGAAGCAACCACAAUAACAACGCUGGGCAAUGGCAGCUCACCGACAACAACAACGACACUAACGCUAGCCACGUCGCCGGCGGCAGCAACAGCAACGCCAACAACAAAUGGCACAACAAAUGGUCACAUUCAGAGUCCGGCGAAUGGCAGCACGCCGUCUCAUGUGGGAGCCGCCGUACACAAUGCGGAUGCUGGCGGCAAGGAAAUUAACUUUACCUUUCCCAUUGACGAUCGCGUUUGCACCAUUGAUGAGCUUGUAUUGCCGCCAGCGCCGCCGCCGCCGGUCGUCGCCCAAAUCCAUCAGCAUCCGAGCAUGGGCAGUCUGAUGUACAGCGUAUCGCACUCGCCAAACAGCAGCUGUGCGACUGGAACAGCGACGGCGCGGGCUGCGGCAUCGGCUGCCGCAACGGUCAUUCCUCCUGGCGCGCCAUCGCCGAUGCCGAUGCCAAUGUCUGGACCCGCUGAAUCUGUGGUUGUCGUGCUGCCACCACCGCCGCCGCAGCAGCAACAGCAGAUGGGCAGCCUGGCCAGCCUGCGCGAGGUGCAGCAGCAGCUGGUGCAUUUGAGCAGCACGCUCGAGCCGCUGGUCAGCGUUAACUGACCCAGGGGCUUGGCAGCAGCAGCAGCAGCAGCCUCGGCCUCAACCGCAGCAUCAGCGGGUAAGUUUGCCAAGCAAACGAUGAGCACGACACCGACGUAAGCCGCAGGAGAGUUGCCCGGUUGCAUAGCCACAGCCAUGGCCAGCGUGUGGCAUGGUUGGCAGCUUUUGGCCGAUCGGCAAACGGGUCGUAUAAUUAAUGACAGUGCGCUGGGCAUUGCUUUUUGGGGUCAAAUUGAAGUAAAGUAAUUAGGAUUUGAGUUUGUAAUUAAGUUCAUUAAUCAUUGGCGCGCAUGUGUUGCGCUCUCCCGCUCACUACCCCGGGCAAAAACAAAUGCAUGCCGAGUUUGACAGAGCCUUGCAACAAUUUAUUUAAAAUAAGCAUACAUCAAUUAAGAUAAUGGGAAUUUAGGUAGUGUACAAUUCAUUUGGGCUCAUUGAAAUUUUCAAGCGUAUUUUAUCGCAAGCAUUUUCAUACAUAUAUACUGCCAUUUUCCGGUUAAUGAAAACAUUACGCAUACGCAGCGUAUUACCAGCGUUUCAUUAAAAUAUUUGUAGUUUGGUUUUGAUAAUUAUUUUUAUAACAUAUAACUCUGCAUCUGUGUGUAUAUAAAAUUGUGGACAGCAUUGUGCACACUAAUAAUAAAAAAAAAAACAAUAAAAAAUUAAAUACACAUUUCACAUGUGAUAAAAUUAAAUUUUGUAUAUAUAAAUUAAAUAAUGAAAAGAAGCUAAACGGAAUUCCGUUUUAAUAGAGAAAGGCAACUGAAAAUAAAUAUUGUAUAUUUGGCGUAAGCGAUUCAAAAUUGGGAAGCCGCUGUUUUGUUAAGGUUAAAAUUAAAAGAAAAAUAAAAACAAAAGCUAAAAUUAAAUUAUAAUCUUAAGCCUAAGGUAUAUAAAAUUAGCACGUAGCUAGUUCCAUAGAUUUUAAACACACAUAAAUUAAAAUCAUUUAAAUAUAAGUCAUAUAAAAAUUAAAUAAUAUUAAUAUAAAAAAAAAAAAAAACAAUCAUUUAAAUGCUCACAACUCAAACCCAACCAGUCAACCCAAACGAUUUUUUUUAAUUUAACUAAACUUAAACAAAAAGAAAGCGGCAAUUCUGUGCAUUGUAUUUAAACUUUUUUAACAGCCACUAAAAUUGUAUUUAUGUUCAGCAACAAAACAGUUUAAGCACUAAAUCAGUAAUAAAGUGUGACAGUUUAUGGAAAAUACUAAAUGGAAGAAAAUAAAAAUGAGAUACCUUUAAUUUAUUGUAAAACAAUUUUAACAGCUACGUGUCGCGCUUAC